CGGGAUAGUUUCAGCCGUUUCUCCUAUGUAGACCAUCGUACACCUUCUGAUAGCAUUCAGCAGGGAUACAGCAACUGAGCGAAUAAUUUGCUCUGGAAUCUGCCAGGAACCUUUUAAAAACAAGAAGCGAGUGAUAAGACAUCAUAAGGUUGACACAAAAAGGUAUACAAAUUUCAUCAAAAAGAUAUAGGACAUUGGAAACUCGGUCGCUGACAUGACCUUGGAGGUGAUGUGGAACCAAGGUUGAUUCCCACGCCUAAAUCUCUCCGAAGAAAUAUGUGGUUGCCUUAAGUGAUCACUAGUUUUGUAUUGUCUCUUAACCACAGUGAACAGCAGUUAUUCGUGAAGUCAGAACUACUUUAUAAAUUCAUCAUUAUUAUUUUAUAACUUCGAAGAUUAUCAUAUAAAAAUUUUUUUGUUUCUGGAAAAUGGCUCCUAAAUAACUUCAACGAUCUUGCAUUAAUCUGCCCACAAAUUCUUUGAUUGCUGCCAUGUUUUUGCUUGGGUAUAUGGCAGUCAUCCUGGCCUUAACUUCAUUAUAGGCAAUUCUGCGUGUGGUACAAAACAUAUUGUGAAUGAAUUGUCUGCCAGAUAAUACUAGUAUCUAUCACGUAUGAAGAAGUUCACUGUAUCUGCUCCUGCAAAAGCUAUAUUGUUCGGUGAACAUGCUGUUGUGUAUGGUUAUCCAGCUAUUGCAACUACAAUUGGUCUUCAUUGUUAUUUUACAGUUACUAUUGAAGAUGAAAUUUGUGAAAAUGUUGUCGUAGAUUUUAAAGAUUUAUCAGAAAAAAGUAUUUACAUACCAAUCAAGAUUUUUCACUCAAAUUUAUGUACAUUAUCUGUUUCGGAGCGUGCAUGGAUGUUAGCAUCAGAGAUACUUGGCUGUUCAUAUGAUUCUUCUGAAAAUACACCUCUAGCUACUUGUACAUGUGUGUUAUUGUAUCUGUUCAUUCGUGCUUUACAACUGAGGGAUCAUGAAUGUGACUAUUCAGUCCCCACUUUUUUUAAUGGAAGACACUUCAUACGAAUCACAGUUCAGUCAGAUAUUCCAAGAGGAUCAGGUAUAGGAUCAUCGGGUGCAUUUUCUGUUGCUGCCACUACAGCCAUUUUAUUAUUAACUGGAUAUUUCCCACUUGAACAAGUUUGGAGUGCAGACAAAACUCAGUGUGAAUUGAUAUCUUCCUUGUCCAGGGAUGCUGAAUGUAUUAUUCAUGGAUUGUCAUCGGGCUUGGACACUACAAUAUGCACAUAUGGAGGUCCCAUCGUCUAUUGGAAAGACCGAAUUCCUUCCUUUCGAAGAAUAGAUAUUCCAAAUACUAGCGACAUAAGAUUACUUUUAGUCAACACUAACAUUAUUCGUCGCACAUCUGUAGCUGUGAAGAAAGUUUCUGAUCUAUGGAAAGAAGAUAAAUCUCAUGUGAAUUCUAUUUUUAAAGAGAUAGGAACCAUCGUGGAAGACAUAAGUAGCAUCUUGGAAAAAUCAUUGAGCCGAGAACUGAAACAGUCUUUCUCCGACCAUGUAACUAGAAAUCAGUUUUUAUUGAACGAAUUGGGUGUAUCAAACUCCGUUGUAAAUCAAAUCAUUGAAGAAAUGAAACAGAUUGGUAUCCCAGCGAAAAUUACUGGUGCAGGUCUUGGAGGCUUUGUACUCGGAUUUAUUCUUGAAUCAUAUCAUGAUGAAAAAUUGUGCAGUCUUAUCAGAAACUGGAAUGAACGCUCUUUGUGGGCGAAAAUUGUUUCUAUUAAAGCUACUGGUAUUGAAUAUAAUGCCCAUUCCCUGUAA